AUGCCUAUCAUUCCGUGGUUCUGCUCCAUGUUUUCCGCUACUCCGUUGUCUCCCGGACGGCUGAGGCGCCUGCACGGAGCUGCUCAAACACAAGAGGGCAGGCGACAUGCGAAGGAAAGCGCCGCGCAUCGCAAAGAGCCGACCUUGAACAGGCUCUCGGCAAACUUCAGAAAUCAGACAAGCGCUUCUCACAUCCAGCAUAACAAUAAUUUACUGGCUUGUUUGUUUUCAGCACUCUGCUACAGCAUAUGGGAAUCAGCAAUUAGCUCGGUAGAGGAACAGGAGAACAAAUUACCCCUGAACAAGCGGUCAAGGUUAGAAAAAGACAGAGCCAUUUGCCUAAAGAAAAUCCAGCAGUUACCGCCUUGCCACUCACCCUGGGAUGAGGCAGGCAGGAGAGAAGCGGUGGCGACGAGCACAGGGGCAUCUCCACUGCAACUGACCGGGCUGCAGUCUCAGCCCCGCUUCCCCCGCCAGACGCACGCCGUCCGGUCCACCCCCCGGAAACGCCUCCCGCGGACAAGCCAGGCAGUCAGGCACGAAGAAAGGGGAGGUAGGACGGCCAAGCCCUCGCAAAAAGCAGAGCCCAAGGGCGGUGAGGGGCUGAAGGAGCGACAGGGAGAGUGCUUGGCGCAGGGAGAAGAGAUGGACUGCCUCGCACGGCUUCCCGCCCGCCGGGCCGCCCCGGAGGGGUCCGGCCUUCCCCAGCCCGUCUGCUUACGCUCCCCAGCCAAGGAGAAGCGGCUUGGCAGAGCCACCGACCUGCGGGGGAAAGAGGCUUGAGGCGCCAGGCAGAAAGGGGCGGGGAGCAUCCCUACUCCAGAGCCACCCUUCGCGGGACUGGGGGACGGCGGCCGGCAGCCCACCUUUGCCGGGGCCAGGGCGGAGAGGAAGGCGGCUACUGUUCGUGGGGAGCGGGCAGGGAGGUGAGCCCACGGCCGCAGCCCAUGAUCGCGAACAAAGCCCCCGGCAGCGCCUAGGGCUGCUCCACGGAAGAAGUUCCUCGAUUCCCGGCCACUUCUCCCAAAAAAGCAGCGCCAGCCUUGGAGAAAAACAACAAAUAAAUACAUGGGCCGCGACCCAACUACACCGCGG